GAGAUGCAGGAGGGGCUGCACAGCCCGGGUCUGGCUCCGAGCWGCUCUGGGCAGGCAGAGGCCGCUGGAAAUGUCGAGCAGAUAUCACCAGGCAGCGGCUGAUGGCAACGUGGAGCUGCUCAAAGAGGCCACCAGGAAGGACCUCAACACCUCUGACCAAGAUGGGAUGACCCCGACCCUCGUGGCCGCCUACCACGGGCACCUGGAGAAUGGCCACGUGCACUGCGUGUCCUUCCUGGUCACCUUCGGGGCCAACAUCUUCUCCCUGGACAAUGACCUGCGCACCCCUCUGGAGGCGGCCGCCAGCAGCCACCGCAGCCACUGCCUCCACAUCCUGGACAAAGCCGCCACCGAGCAGAGCCUGCUCAACCCGAAAAAGGUCUCCAAACAAAAGGCCCAGGCCCAGAGGAACGUGGAGAGGCAGAUCAGGGAGUGUGAGAGGCGCCAGGAGAAACACCAGCACGAGAUGAACCGCAAUUACAUCAAAGAAAAGGUGGGCUCGCUGAAUUCUUCCAAAGGAACACACUCCAGGGUAAAGCUGCCCAGUCUGUUUGCUUCCAAUACCACCAGUACUUUAACCAAAAACCUGAAAGAUACCUUGAAACUCAAGAGCAAAAAGGCAGCUGACGGCACAAGAAGGCAGGAAACACAAAGAAAUGACACAGAGGAUGAUCCUGGCAGGAGAAGCAUGAUGCAUCUGUUCGAUGAGARAGAGGAGGAUGAGUUCCUGAAUGAUCCUGAAGACACAAACCUCGCUGAGAACGACAGGCAGCUCUCCAUUUUUCAGCGGCCUGGACUUGGCAAGAUUGUGUUUGGAAGGAAUUUGGCUGCAGAGGUAAAUCCUGAAACUGUGUCCUCUGAGAUGGGAGGUAUCAGCUUUAAAAUGUCCAGUGAGCUCUUUCAGAAUGAAAAUGCUGAGAAUGGCAGGGAAGAUGAUGCUGAGAACAGUGCUGAUGUCCCUUGGAACGAGGAAGAAGUCAUUUGGGAUGAUGAGGAAGCAGAGAACACACCCCUUGAGGUGUUUCUGGCAUCACAGAUGUUGGAUGAGUUUCUCCCAGUCUUCAUGAGGGAAAAAAUUGAUUUAGAUGCCCUGAUGCUGUGCUCUGAUGAAGACCUGCAGAGCAUUCAGAUGGAGCUYGGGCCAAGAAAGAAAGUCCUGAAUGCUGUGAAUAAAAGGAAACAGGCACUGGAGAAUCCUGGAAAAACUGUGGAUACUCACUUAUAAAUGAUCAUAGCUGUUGGUGUGGUACCACUGAUGAUAACCUCCACACUGAUUCAUUACCUUUCCUCUUUCCAAAGAGUGAGCAGCUCUUUUCAGGAGUGUGCUAAAGCCAAGAGGUACCCAUUGCUUUAGAAAAUACAGCAGGAUAAGAAUCUUUCUCUGUGGAGGGAUAGUUGUGGUGAACAGGAUGUUAAAGUGAGCAUAUUCUGCCAAAAAGAAGGAAUGUGAAGGUAAAAACCCAAAAGCUUUUUCGCCCUGAUCUGUUUGUGUGGAUUGGAUUUCAAAUAAUUGAAAAUAUCAGUGCAGGCCAGGCCCACUGCAUUCCUUAAUAAAGGCCUUCCCUUCUCCUCCAAAACCACAACACAAAGAGCAUUCUCAGAGCCUGAGAAYUCUGAGUUUUCUCAUUUGCUUCUGUAAGAUCACCACAAAGCACUCUUCCUGCUACUGACAGUAUAUUAAAAAAGGUACCUGAAUUUGGUUUUAGCUGUGGUUUGUUGACUCUAAUCACCUCUGAAGGAAUGUAAAUAAGACUAAUUUACAGCAAAUUCUAUAUUUUUGUCAGUAAAGUUUUUAYUUCUAUAUUGACAACAAUUUAAAAAUACAUGAACAAUCCUCCCAAGAAACGUUCAGUGUGAGUUUCAUAUUAUUUUUUAUUUCAUUAGACUGUAUCCAAUUCCAGCACCCAUCCUGUCCUAAAUGUCAUCAAGGCUGCAAUACUUUUAACUACAAGAAACUGAGGUUUGAUUUUCAAACUUUGGGAUCUAUUUUGGUAUCCACUCAGCUUGGUUCCAUGCAAAGUCCCAGAAGUGAGGAUUGAUAUCACACCCAUUUUCUGUGGGUUGUUGUCAGACUCAGCCUGGGUACCACACACACACAGAGCUCGUGGAAAUAAAAAGAAAAUGAGCUGUGCUGCUGUGGGAGCUCCUGCUGCUCACAGUGGGGCUGGAGGCAUUCCCAGCAGGGUUUCCCUGUUCCCUCUCCCUGUUCCCUUGCAAAGCCAGCACUAUCAGCUAUAAAUCAAUCACUCCUGCUCRAUUUGCAAGUCUAAUAAGAUGUUGUUUGUGGCAGCCAUGCUCUGCCUCAGCUCACAGACUUUAGGUGCACCUUUUUUAAUUUU